AGGGCCGGAUUAAGGCACGGGCCAACUGGGCCGCGGCCCAGGGCGGCAAAAUUUUGGGGCGGCGGAUUUGAGAAAAAAAAAGUGUAAUUAUUUUUGAUUGAUUAUAAAGCUUUAUUAUCGAUUAUCAAGACCAGUGAACCUGAGCAUUAAAUAUUAAAAAACUAUUUUAUUGUUUAUUAUUUAUUUAUAACGCGACACUCUGCGCGGUGUAAUGUGUCGCAGUACACUACGCUACGCCACUCUAUCCAAGUGAGUCGAAGGGGCGAGGCGGCAGUCUGUAUCGUACGCUACGCACGGGAAAUUUAGUUGUGGGAUCGUAGUAGUUGCUAGCAUUGGCUGAUGGCAGGCGUCUUGUCGCCUUGCCGCUUCCCUCCCCCCACCAACUCCAUCACCGCCACGCGCCAUUGUCAUUCGGUUGUCUGGUCUCAACUCCACGUACUGCAGUCUGUCUAACUGUUUAGGUUUAACGUUUUUGUAAUUUGUUUUGAGCGGAGUAACAUUUUGAAAUUGUAACUUGUGAGUCAGACCUUUACUUCCGAUGUCAUUGAUGCUAUAACAAGCAGCUGUACAAAUGGAUGGACGCAAACGGCUCAGUGGGUGGCAAUACAAAAAAGUAGCCGAAGAGAAGAAAAAAAAAUUGACAGAAGUUGUAAAUAAAACUGCGAAGCUUGAUACAUUUUUUACAAGAAGUAACCUACCAGUGCCACCAGAACCAGUGCUUUUAGAAAGUGUCAAAGAAUUUUGUGAAGUAGAACUAGAAGUAUGUUCCAUAUUAACGCCUUCAGCUUCAACAGCUUCAGCAUCAGUGCCUUCAGCUUUAACAUCAACCCCUCCAGCUUCAGCAUCAGCCCCUUCAGCUUCAACAUCAACCCCUUUAGCUUCAGCAUCAGCCCCUCCGGUUUCAACAUCAACCCCUUCAGCUUCAGCAUCAACCCCUUCAGCUUCACCCUCAACCCCUUCAGCAUCAGCACCUUCAGCUUCGUCAUGUGUUGAUACUGACAAGAUCAAACCAGCUAUAUCCGAAUUAACUUUUGUUGUUGACGAGAUUGAAGAUCAAUUAACAGUCUCUGAACCUGACUCUUCUGUCCAUUUGAAACCAAAUUAUGAUCCUGCUUUAUGGAUACCCCUUCCUAACUGUCCUGUUUUUGCCCAUAAAUCGACAGCAAUGACCGAUUAUGGCUCAAAGCCUGCGGGCACAUUCACAGGUGAGCCGUUGCCGAGUAACGAAGCCGAAUUUUCACUUCACUCCAAAUCAAUCAUUCUCAGCCAAAAUAGUCAUAAAACUAUAAAAGAAUUGUUGAGUUUGGGAAUUACGAGCUGCAUGAUGUUUCACAAAAUAAUAUCAACAACGAUUUUAUUUACUAUUAUUGUAAUCUUAAGUAAUGGAAUAUCACGGUUGUAG